AUGAUCUGGCUCUCAGUGAACGUUGCUGACUCUGAUAACUCCUUGUUAAGGUCUAAAAUUAAUACUUCCUCUGCAUCUUGGACAAGGCCUCAACCAUCGCUCAUCAAAUGUAAUGUUGGAAUGGCUUGGAGCAAUACAAGUGGCCAUAGUGGAGCUAGUUGGAUCACUAGAGACACUCAAGGACUGGCACUCCAUCACAGUCGUCGUGCUUAUCCCUCUACCUCGUCGAAAAGAGAAGCUGAUCUUCAGUCACUCUUCUGGGCUGUUGAGUCUAUGUGGAAUAUGCGCCAAAGAAAUGUCAUCUUCGAAACCUCCUCUCCUGAGGUUCGAGAAGCUAUUCUCAGGCCGGACCUCUUCCGAGAACUCGAACUCCAUCGGCAAAACAUCUUCUGCCUUUUUAAUCUCAAGUGUUCUUGGUCUCUGGAACAUGUUUCUGCGCCUCGGAACCGUGUUGCUCAAUUGAUUGCAGACAGUGUUAUCCUAGGCUCCCGCUCUCAGUCUUACAUCUCUGUUGGCGGACCUGCUUGGCUUCGUCAUUCUCUUGAUCAGGAACGGAGAAACUCUGCCUAA